AGAGCACGCAUGCCCAGCAGAGGUCCAGGGGGGUCAUGGAUUAUGGGAAUUCUGUCAAAAUCCAACCCAGCUGGGUGAAAUGUGCCCUUGGUGCAUUGGGCAACAGGUUUGCACUGGGACAGGAGAGCAAUAAGCAAACAUUCCAGCUGUUCCAGGACUUGGGGAAGAGGCUGGGAAUGAUGAAAACAAGCUGAUGUUUAACCCGUGGGGGGAGGUAUCCCACAAGGAACUCCUGAUGGACAUACUGGGAUCUGUGGGAUGUGCUUUAGGAACAGGAGACCAACAGCCUGUGGGGUUUCUUGUAUGUCACCAAACCCAACUAACAUGUCACUGACAAUGUCAAUAAUAACAAUGAACAGCAAUAAUAAUUAUAACAACAACAACAAUUAAUAAUUAAUAACACAGCAAUAAUAACGGAUAUGCAGCACCUCUGCCUGUUCUGAUCUCAGGAAAUGGAACUUCUCCAAUUAUGAAGGAAUUUAAAUCCCCUGUGUUCUGAGAUAAUAACAGCAGAAAAAGAGAUUUUUCCCAAAAAAUGUUGGAAAUGCUGAACAUUCUGCUUCAGGGGGAUGUUUGGUCAGACUGUGGGGUGGGAGUGGGAAUGCUCUGCAGGGCCCUGCUGUCUGGCUCCUGCUCCACCAUUCCCAGUCCUCACCUCCCUCUGUUAUUUCCUGGUCCUUUAUCUCCCUGCUAUUAAUUUCCGUUUUCUUUGUCUCCCUUAUCCAUCAUCUCCCUGUCCAUCAUCUCCUGGUUCAUUGCCUCCCCGCUCAUCAUCUCCUGUCCUACACGUCCCUGCAUCUCAUCUCCUGCUCCAUCCUCUCCCUGCUCACCUUCUGUCCCCUCCCGCUCCAGAGGCUGGGCCCACCAUGGUGGGUGAUGAGCACUCGGAUCCCCACCUGAUGAGCAUCCUGGGGGCCACAAAGAGGAGCACGCUGGGCAACAACUUCUGUGAGUACUACGUGAACGACGCUCCGCGCGUGGUCCUGGACAAGCUGGAGAGCCUCGGCUACCGCGUGGUCAGCAUGACUGGCGUGGGCCAGACCCUGGUCUGGUGCCUCCACAGGGAAUAGCCAGGGAGAACCAUGCCUUCCACCUGGACCACAUCCUGCUCGAGAUAACCUUAAAGGACUGGCAGCAUCUUUUCCCCCUUAAUUCCUUCCUGUCCCAGACUCCAGGCGCUCGGGCAGGGGAGGAACGGCGCAGAGGCAGAGCUGGACCCAAUGGAAUUUUGCCAUCCCUGUUCCGUUUCCCAAGAGCAGGGGAAGGAAGGUAUGCCCAGAAGCUGGCAGAAGGAACAGAUGGCUCCAGCUCUGCCUUCAGUGGGAUGGCAGUCUGGCAAAUUCCAGCUUUUUACAUUUUAAUCAUGUAUUCAGCAUGCCCUGGAGGAAGCUCAGUAACAGCCCUGUUUGCCUGCCUUCUCCUGGGCCAGGGGGUUAGGGAGGGACAGCAAGCAUGGACACCAUCCCAUCUCAUCCCUGAAAUCCAAGAGGGAACCACUAAACCUACUCCCAAGGCUCUGAGAAUCCCUUCCCUUGGCAGCAAGGCCCACUUCCAUCUCAGCAGCACCACAGAACUUCCAGAUCCCAGACUGCCAUCCAAGCCUAACAUGGGAUUCCCAAAAUAACACAGAAAAUGGUGUUGUGUGACUAUUCCAGGUGCAGGCCCUAAUCCCAACACUGCUGGAAUGUUUGGGACUGUGAAUGGAUCCUGCUAUGGGAGUAACACCAAUUAGACAUAAUAAAACAUUGCUCCAAAGAGA